CGUGAUUUACUCUUUCCACUCAAAGAAGUGAUGAAUUCUGCCGACAUAAUUUCUAAACAAAAGAGCAACGGUUAAGCGCAGCGGGACAGUGUUAAGUAGCCCAAAUAAAAGUAAAAAAAAGGAAAAGAAAAACAUCAAAAAGCGCAUCUAAAAAUCUGCAGUUUAUGAUUUGAUGAUUUAGUAAUGGAGAUUGAAAUAUCAGUUGAAAGGUGAAGAAUAAUGGCAUUGAAAACCCCGAUACUCACUCUCCUUCCUUCUUCUCCAAAUCACAAAUUUUGCACUACAAAAAUCUCCGAUUCUCUUUCACUUUACGUUUCAAUUUCUAGGGUAUUCGUAAACAGAUUGAAUCAUAAUAAUAAUGUUACCGUCGCUCGAUCCGUCGGUACUCCCACCACCAUUGUCAACAACAACAAUGACAGCGUCUCAUCUCGGAAUCGCACUCCCAACGCCACCUCUACCGUCGAAAUCCCCGUCACUUGUUAUCAGAUUAUUAGAGUUGGUAAUGAAGCGGAAAAAGAUGAAAUUGUGAAGUCAGUUAUGCAAUUGAAAAGUUGUGAAGUUGACGAAGGUUAUACUAUGGAUGCUGUUGUUUCUCGUCAGAACCUUCUAAUGGAUGUGAGAGAUAAACUUCUUUUCGAACCUGAAUAUGCUGGGAAUGUGAGAGACAAAAUUCCUCCAAAAUCUUCUCUUCGAAUUCCUUGGCCUUGGUUGCCUGCUGCUCUUUGCUUACUUCAAGAGGCUGGCGAAGACAAGCUAGUGUUGAAUAUUGGAACAGAAGCUCUUCAUCAUCCCGAUUCUAAGCCAUUUGCUCAUGAUAUACUUCUAUCUAUGGCCCUAGCAGAGUGUGCAAUUGCAAAGAUUGGUUUUGAGAAGAAUAAAGUUUCUCAUGGAUUUGAAGCUCUUGCUCGGGCUCAAUAUCUGCUUAGGAGUAAAAACUCUCUUGGGAAGAUGGCAUUGCUAUCUCAGAUAGAAGAAUCUCUGGAAGAGCUGGCACCUGCUUGCACAUUGGAAUUAUUAGGGAUGCCUCAUUCUCCUGAAAAUGCUGAACGGAGGCGAGGUUCAUUUGCAGCCUUGCGUGAGUUGCUUAGGCAGGGCCUUGAUGUAGAAAGCUCGUGCAGAGUUCAGGAUUGGCCAUGCUUUUUGAUCCAAGCACUGAAUAGGCUCAUGGCUUCAGAAAUAGUUGAUCUUAUUCCUUGGGAUGAUUUAGCUCUCAUGAGGAAGAAUAAGAAAUCACUUGAAUCACAAAACCAAAGGAUUGUUAUUGAUUUCAACUGUUUUUAUGUGGCACUAAUAGCUCAUAUAGCUGUUGGCUUUUCAAGCAGGCAAAAAGAGUUGAUCAACAAAGCAAAGGUUAUAUGUGAAUGUUUGAUGACAUCAGAAGGUAUGGAUCUAAAAUUUGAGGAAGCAUUCUGCAUGUUUCUUCUUGGAGAGGGUAAUGAGGCCCAGGCUGUUGAAAAGCUUUAUCAGCUGCAGUUGAAUGGAAAUCAUGCUUCACGGAGUUUACUUUCACGGAAGGAGAUAAACGACGAUUCUCACGUAAGACCAUCAUUGGAAACGUGGUUGAAGGAUGCUGUGCUUGCUGUCUUUUCAGAUACUAGAGAUUGCUCCCCAGCUAUGGUCAAGUUUUUCAGUGAUGAAAAGAGAGUUCUAGGAAGCAAGAAAAAUAAAACAUCUUCACCAACUAUUCCUGGUUUAGAUAAGAGGCCAGUAUCUGAUAUUUCUUUGAAACAAAUGGAUUGUGAAGAAUCUCUUCCAAUUAUGAACUCAACUCAACAUUUUCGAUCUGCUGUUAAGCAGUUGUCUCCAACCGAUCUGCGAAGUUCACUGAUAUUAGGGAUGAAUAACAUGGGAGGUCAUGUUAGUGAACCAUCUGUUCAAUUGCAAAGAAAUCUUGGUGAACAUAAUAGAAGAAAUUGGGAGAGUUGGUUGGCCGGUACCGAUGUGGUCGGGAAGAUAGCAUCUGUUGCUCUGCUGGGUUGUAUUUUGUUUUUUACCUUGAAGCUGUCUGGUAUGAAUUUAAGAAGAAUAAGAACGACAUCUGAAUGGGCUUCUAGUAGAACUAAAACGAAUAACAGUUCCCUUUUCUGCACAACAGAUCCCUCAUUUAAUAGUAAUGUAGGGUCUGCUUACAUAAUGGAAAAUAGCAUCCCUGGCAGGAUAAAGAAGCUGUUGGAAAUUGUUAAAAAGCAGUUUCAGAAACAGUCAGAUUUGGGAAAACUGAAGACCGCUGGGCUUGCUGCUAAUCUAUCAUCUUGUAUGGCAACAGUAUCCAGGAAGCAGAUGCCUGCCGAAGAAGCUGAAACACUUAUUAAGCAAUGGCAAGCAAUCAAAGCUUUAGCUCUGGGGCCCAGUCACAAUAUAGAUAGCCUCUCUGAUGUCCUUGAUGAGUCGAUGCUUGCUCAGUGGCAAGCUUUGGCUAAUGCAGCAAAAGCCAAGCCUUGUUAUUGGAGAUUUGUUUUGCUGCAGUUGUCUGUCUUGCAAGCUUACAUUUCAUCAGAUGGCUAUGGUGCGGAAAUGGCAGAAAUGGAAGUUAUCCUUGAGGAAGCUGCUGAACUUGUUGAUGAAUCUGAAAAUAAGAAUCCAAACUAUUAUAGCAUCUAUAGAAUUCAUUAUCUUCUUAGAAGGCAAGAUGACGGAUCAUGGAAGUUCUGUGAAAGUGAUAUUCAGAAGCAAUUAUGACAUGGAAGUCGAUCUGCAAAGCAUGAGCCAGCAAUGAUUACUAAUUUCCUGCUAACGUUUUUUUUUAAUUGUCAAAUGUCGACUUUAGGUUUGUAAAUCAGUAGGGUUUAAUGAUUCCAACGUGGUAGAUUGAAUGGCGAGAGCCGAGCAGGGUUCUGAUUGCGGCUAAUGGUGGUUGUAACGGAUGCUUUUAGUUGGAAUUUAAUUUUUUA